AUGUCUCUCAAUUCUUUUCAAGUCGUCCGUCAAUGGGCCCAAACCGCCCUUUCUCGGCUCCCCCCCGAAGUGCAGCCCGUCCUGCAGCAUCCCCUACUGCCGAAAGCCCUGGCGGCUCUGGUGGCUGUGGGUGCCGUGAGACAGAUCAAUCGCAGUCUGGGACACUGGGCGGCCAAUAACUGGCAGGGAGCCGGGCCCUGGGUGCCCUCGCGCGAGGUGGUGCUCGUCACGGGGGGUAGCAGUGGCAUUGGCAAGCAGAUCAUGCAGGAUCUGGCGGCGACGGGGGUGCGCGUGGUGAUUCUGGAUAUCCAGGAGCCGUCUUUUACCUUGCCGCGCAACGUCACCUUCUAUAAAGCGGAUAUUACAUCCUCGGAAAGCAUCCGCGCCGUGGCGGAGAAGAUCCGGGCUAAACAUGGAGACCCCACGGUCCUAAUCAACAAUGCUGGAGUUGGCCACGAUGGCACCAUCCUGGACGAACCGGAGGCCAAAAUCCGGCAGACGUUCGAGGUCAACACGAUCUCGCAUUUCUUGAUGGUGCGCGAGUUCCUGCCCAGCAUGGUACGACAGAACCACGGCCACGUGGUGACCAUCGCCAGCAUGGCCAGUUUCGUGGCCCUGGGCGAGAUGGUCGACUACUGCUGCUCCAAGGCCAGCGCCUUGGCCUUCCACGAGGGACUGGCCCAGGAGCUGCGCUACUGGUACGGUGCGCCCAAGGUGCGCACCAGUGUUGUGCAUCCACUGUGGGUGCGCACGCCGAUGAUCAAGCAGUUGACCGACGCCGGCAAUCAGUUCAAGCAGCCGAUUCUGACGCCCGAGAUGGUGUCCGAGGCCGUGGUGCGACAGAUCGUGACGCAGCGCAGUGGCCAGGUUAUCCUGCCGAAACAUCACGCUCCCAUCAGUCUGGUGCGCGCGUUUCCUUCGUGGUUGCAGGAGACGGCGAGGGGGUUUGGAUCGAAGAGUUUGAAGCGAUUGCGAGAGUGGCAGGUAUCUCAGGAAGCUCAGUAG